CAACUGCCCACUCAGCCCACUCAAAUCUUUCAUCGUCUUCUUCACGAGAAUCUUCUGAUAAAAUUCUCAAGAACCCUAAUUUCUUCAGAUCUUCUCAAAUUUCCGAGAAAAUGAAGAUUGUUGGCGCUAAUAUCCAUUUCCAGAAGUUGGAAGCCAAGUGCUCCUCAUCAAUGUUCUAUCAAUCCUAUCUGGAGAUGAUUGCUGCUCAAGAGCUCUCCGAAUUUCUUCAUAUGGAGAUUCGAUUCAAGUAUGAGAACGAAGUUCUUGAAUUCUAUAAAAAUGGAAAGGUCAAGACUGUCAAAUCGAAGAAAGACCCACAAAGGACGAUUCAACUCAUCAAUUCCACUGUUGGAGGGACAAAAGUGAAGCUUUCGCAGAAGAAAUUGGGAGAAAAGCUUCACCUUCCCAACUCUGGAGUUGAAAUUGAGAGACUUCCAGCCAAAAAUCUGGAUUGGAGCGUUAUUGGAAUUUCUGGGCAAAAUCUAUCUGGCCCAGCGAAGAAAGCUCAUCUGAUUAUCGCAUGCCUCGAAUGUGGAAGUGGAGGACAUGCUGAUGACAUCACCCAAGAGAGGGCCUUCAUCAUCAAUGCCCUCAUUACCAAGUCUAAGCUAGAUGUUGACUGGGUAUGGCAAAGGAAUUAUGAAGAUUUGCAUCUGGAACACUUGGUCACCUCACCAAUUUCAGAGUUUGAAGUGGAUGAUGAGGAUCCUGCAGUAUACAAACCAGUCCUCUCAAAACCCACAGAAGAUCAGAACCAGGAAGGAUCAAAUGUAGAAUUCCAGCAACUUCUCCAUUCUGAAGCUUUAGAAAUUCUCACAAACCCUUGUGAAAUCACCAACCCCACUGAAGCAGAGAUCCCAGAGGAGUCAACAGAAAAUCUGGAGAUGUCCAAAACCCCAGAAACAAAUGAAGCUCAAGAAGAGCAAGCUGUAGAAACCCAGAGAAGUUCUGCAGAAGCUGAGAAGGAAACUCAAAUGGCAGAACUGGAGGCCUCCAAAUCUCCAGUAACCAACUUCCAUUUUCAUAGCUCUUCCAUUCCUACUCUUCUGGAUGAGGUACUGGAAAUCUGGACAAAGAAGGUCCAAGGGCUGAUUGACUCAGCCCUAGCAUCUCAACAUGCCUCCUUUAGGCAAGAGAUAGAGCAGAUGGAAGCCAGGCAAAACAAACUGAUUGAGAAAUCCGAAGAAACACAUUGCUCCAAUCUCAAGGAGAUAAGCAAAUCAGUGGAUAAGACUCUAGAGAUCUUAUCUCUAUUGAGUAACACUGUGAGCAACACGAUGGAGACAUAUGCAUCUGAUAAUUAUCUUCAACUCAAAGAUGCUAACAAUAUCAAAGAGCAAGUAGCAAAUGUCACAAUCAGUCUACAAAAACAAAUGUCCAUUCUCCAAAUGGACAUCAGAGCAGCUCUGGCAGUGUCUUCAGCAAAUCAAGUAGUAACCAAAGACUACUUGAAAGUAAUCAUUGACAAUCAGAAGGAAGCACACAAAGUAUUCAGACUUCUUACCACAAAUUCUAGAAAUCGCAAGAUGGAUGUGGUUCUUCAACAACACAGUCCAUCCUUGAUUCCAGAGCUCCCCAUUGCAGUCAAAGAAGGAGAAGUCUCUUACAUUCCUACGCAUCUAAACUUGACUGAUCUAGUCCUUGAAGCUCAGAGAAACAAUCCGGAAAACUCAACACAGCGCUUAUCCAGCUCCGGAUUGGAUGGAACAGAGGCUGUAGGAACAAUUGAUGCUCACUUCUCAAAUGAAAAUCAAACAGAGGAGAGACGAAACAACAUAAGGCUCAUCAAGGAACUAUGUGGAAGCAUGCAAGGCAUCAGGGAGAUUGCCGAAUCUUCAAAGCGCAAGAAGCACUGAAGGUUUUCUUCAUCAAAUCAGGAGGAAAGUAUGUGAAAACAUUAAUUUGCUUUGAUGAAAACACCUUCUUGUUUAAACAUUGCUCUAUUGGUUUAAACAUUGCCCUAAUAUUUCUCUUAAUUGUGCUCACUAUGCUUGAUUAUACCUAAUUCAAGUAUGUUUUUGAUAUUUAUUUUAGCGCAUACAUUCAGGGGGAACUUAACUAGUUUUUGGCUAACAAAAUAUUUUUUGGCAAUGAAAUAUUGAUAAACUC